AUGGCUGAUCAGAGCAACAUCCAGUCUGCGGCCUGCAAACGUAUUCGUCCUUUGAAGUCAAGUGAAGAGUACCUCUUUACUAUGAAGAAGGACUUGGCGGAAUGGCUUAACACCCUAUAUGAUUUAGACAUCCAGAUUGACAACUUCUUGGAAGUACUAGAGAGUGGAUAUGUGCUAUGCCAGCAUGCAAACAAUGUCAACCAGAUUGCUCAGGAAUUUGAACAGAGUCAUCCAUUAGCUAUCAAAACCCUAAAGAUUCCUCAAGGGGAGGUAGUCUUCCAGGCCUGUAAUGUGACUCCUAGUUCAUUCUUUGCCAGGGACAAUAUCUCCAACUUUAUCCACUUGUGCAGACAGGAGCUAGCCAUUCCAGAUGUACUUAUAUUUGAAACUAAUGACCUGGUAUUAAAGAGAAAUGAAAAGCACAUUGUACUUUGCCUGCUGGAGCUGGCAAGGUGGGGAUACACAUUUUGAAUGCUAGCCCCAACCCUUAUCCAGAUAGAGGAGGAAACUGAGGAGGAAAUAAGGAAUCACUUGAGCUUGGAUGAUAGCAACAGGCCUGAGGAAGAAGAGAGAGAGAGCAUGAACUUAAGUACCAACCUCCUCAUCUACCCCCAAAAGGCACCCCAGCUUUCUUUGUGUGACUUGAAGAACUUGGAUGAACUGGUGUGA